AUGUUGCUGAGUGAAAAACGUUGUCAUUCUCUGUUUAUUCGUCCGUUUACAGCAUCCGAUAGAGAGGAACUCCAUUCUCAAAAGAUGUAAGUUAUUUUCAAACCACAGUUUGAGAUUGAGAAUUUCAUAAGCUAAAUAAUGAGAUAUGUGAACUGCGAAUUGUCACUGAGUUGCGUUUGUCAGUUUAUCAGGUAAUCACAUUCUCACUUUGUAAUCAAAUGAUCUUAUGGUAAUGUUGUGCAAUGGCAGGCAACAGUUUUGAAAGGUUUUGUAAGGCGGUCGAUUUGCUUUUGCAUGCUUUCUUUGUGUAACUCUGAAAUUUUAAUAAGACUUUACCUAGCUUCUCGUAUAAUUUUUUCUCCGCAGGAAUGUUCACGAAGAUUCUCAUGACAGCGUAAGUAGUUACGUUGUGUCGACUCAUUCCCACUGGCAGAAUUUGCGCUUUUUCUAAGAGAAACAUUUCAGUCACAUCUGAUUUUUGCUUUUUUCUUUUGUUUUUUUUUUUUUAGGAAAAUGGUGAGAAUGCUUCAAUCCUUCCACCGACGCUGUGGAACGAUAGGUAAGCUUCUAGAUUUGUCUAUUUGUUUUUCCUUUUCACAAUCUCUAUGAUGUUGCAAAAGUUACUUUUUAAUGGAAAUGUGUAAUGAACUUUUGUCUCCAGCAUCAAUGGUCAUUAUUCUGAAAGUGAAGCUGUCAGGAAAGCACUUGCCUUGAGUAUUGAAGAAAGCAGGCAAACGACAGUUUGUAGUGGUAAAACCUUUACUUCGAUGUGCUUACAUUACUUUUCAUUACAUUAUUACAUUAUUACAUUACAUUACUUUUACAUUACAUUACUUCGAUGUGCUUCGAUGUGCUUACAUUAAUUUUCAAUUUUUUUCUCAUUUUUUUAAAAAUAAACCUUCACAUUUUUUUCUUACUCAAAACCCUUUUUAAAUCUGCAGUCUUUUUCUCAUUUCAGCAAAGAGCAUGUCAACAUUUCAUGCUCCACUGAUGUCUCUGUAAGUACUUAGUGCAAAUUUUUAGUUUAGUUGAGUGUUAAACAACUGGUUUAAUUUAAUUCACUAUUUUUUGAUUGUGUUUUUUUUUAAAUUGUCCUGGAACCCGCACUAAGGGUAUUAUUCGCUAUCUUUCAGCUACCAGUGACCCCCAAAAAGUCCUGCAAAGAUCGUUGUGAACCUCAUGCAAUAGUAGUAAGUGAUGGAAUGGUAAGGAAAAUAUACUUGAUUUGGCACAAAAGCUUUGUUAAUAUUAAAAUGGUUCCAACAAUUAACAAGUGUUUUAAGGUGGCUAAUUACGGUUUCCAUUACUAUCAGUCUUCAUCAGUUGCUUACAUUGGCUGA